AUGGAUGAAUAUAAAUGUAUUAGCUGUUUUGAGGACAUAUAUGUAAAUAAUGAAAAGAAAUUAUAUUUUUUUGAUAUAUGUAAACAUAAGAUCUGUGGAGAAUGUGUAGAAAAUCAUUUAAAUAAAUUGAAUAAACAACAUUGUCCUCUUUGUAAAGUAUCAGUAACUAAAAAAAAUGUAGCUUUGUUUGAUAUUGAAGAACGUAUAUAUGCUAAUCAAAAAAGUGUAAGAUCUAAAUUAACAGAAAUAUUUAAUAAAAGGAGACAUAAUUUUGAAAAUACUCCUUUAUAUAAUAAUUAUUUAGAAAAGGUAGAGGACAUGAUAUAUGUGUUAACUAAUGAGUGUGAUGAAAAGAAAAGAAAAAUAAUUGAAGCGUAUAUAAAAAAGUAUGAAAAAGAUAAUUAUAAGUUAAUAGAAGAAAAUAAUGCACUUAUUUAUGAAAAUGAAAAAAAAAAAAUACAUGAAAUAGUAAAAGAAGAAGGUAAUUUAUAUGAAAUUAUUAAACAUAGACCUAUAAUAAAUAAAGUACAUAAUGAAACAUAUGUACAUUCAUUAAUUAAAGAAAAUCCAAAAUUUUUUGAUGAAGUCAAAGUAGCUAAUAUUUUGGAAGUUCAACCACAGCCAUUAAAUCCAGCUUAUAAAAAUGAUACAGAUAUACCUAUACGUAAAUAUUUUUCUCAAGACGAAUUAUAUCAAGCAGAUUAUGCUGGAGGAUAUGAUAUUAAUGUAGUAUUAAAACGAUGUGAUAUAGAAUUUAAUAGAACUAUUUAUUAUAAUAUAUAA